UCUCACAGAGCAGCGCACUCCUUGGCGUGUCUCAUUGCUGGUGACUCUUCUGCUGCUGUGGACGCGGCUCUGUUGCCUGGUUUAGUUCGCAGCGCAGUCUGAGGAAGAGUCUAAAUCUGUGCCGCUGGACAGCAGGGAGGAAUACUGUCCUGGAUAAAGAAUAGGAGACAACAAUACAGUUUAAGAGAAACUAAAUAAAAGCAUGGGGUAGAAAUAGCAGAGGUUACUGCCUGGAAGUUUACUCGUAAAGAAUGACCUUUCUGCGACCCUGUGCUGUAUUUACCAAAAACAAGUUCACACGCCCUGAACCUGCAAGACUAGCGAAGAGAAAGCUAUGAAACUGCGAGCAUGCCUGCGCCAUUGUGGAUCUGUUUGUGACAACGGCGCUCAACUUGAAUUAACCUGAUAUACUUCUAAAAAACAUUAUCAGGGGUAUCGCGUUAGUGUUUGAACAUCUCAUUCGGAAGAAGAGGACGGGAAAUAUCAAUAUAAUUACACGAAACACAGAUUAUAUAUCUGCGUGAAACUCGCUGCAUCGACGCUGCUGCCGCCUGAUAGAGAAAGGACUAUACCAACUCUGGCAUGGGGAGGGGGUUACCUGAAUUCAAAUUGUAUUCACUUGGAAAAAUAUAGAGCUACAAACAGCUCGAUUAUGAUGUUAAAAUUGAAAGUCAUAUUCAUUUUUUAUUAAAAGAUCCCCGGUAUCACAAUUCCCUUUGCGGUUCAUAUUAGAUGAAUUGUCAGACCGCGCUGAUCGGUUUGUAUUUUGUGAUUGGUAUAUUCCUCGUCCUGUGGGAGACAGACCCGUUCAGACACUGAGGGAGAGCAGAGAGGAGGUGAGAGAGUCUGCAUGGAGCUCUACAAUGUGUUUAUAAACUACAGAGCGCUGUUAUAUUGUAUUAUUUUGAAAGGUCCGGGUUGUAGUGUGGUAGGAGCGCGUUGUUUUAUCCGUUCAGACACUGAGGGAGAGCAGAGAGGAGGUGAGAGAGUCUGCAUGGAGCUCUACAAUGUGUUUAUAAACUACAGAGCGCUGUUAUAUUGUAUUAUUUUGAAAGGUCCGGGUUGUAGUGUGGUAGGAGCGCGUUGUUUUAUCCGUUCAGACACUGAGGGAGAGCAGAGAGGAGGUGAGAGAGUCUGCAUGGAGCUCUACAAUGUGUUUAUAAACUACAGAGCGCUGUUAUAUUGUAUUAUUUUGAAAGGUCCGGGUUGUAGUGUGGUAGGAGCGCGUUGUUUUAUCCGUUCAGACACUGAGGGAGAGCAGAGAGGAGGUGAGAGAGUCUGCAUGGAGCUCUACAAUGUGUUUAUAAACUACAGAGCGCUGUUAUAUUGUAUUAUUUUGAAAGGUCCGGGUUGUAGUGUGGUAGGAGCGCGUUGUUUUAUCCGUUCAGACACUGAGGGAGAGCAGAGAGGAGGUGAGAGAGUCUGCAUGGAGCUCUACAAUGUGUUUAUAAACUACAGAGCGCUGUUAUAUUGUAUUAUUUUGAAAGGUCCGGGUUGUAGUGUGGUAGGAGCGCGUUGUUUUAUCCGUUCAGACACUGAGGGAGAGCAGAGAGGAGGUGAGAGAGUCUGCAUGGAGCUCUACAAUGUGUUUAUAAACUACAGAGCGCUGUUAUAUUGUAUUAUUUUGAAAGGUCCGGGUUGUAGUGUGGUAGGAGCGCGUUGUUUUAUCCGUUCAGACACUGAGGGAGAGCAGAGAGGAGGUGAGAGAGUCUGCAUGGAGCUCUACAAUGUGUUUAUAAACUACAGAGCGCUGUUAUAUUGUAUUAUUUUGAAAGGUCCGGGUUGUAGUGUGGUAGGAGCGCGUUGUUUUAUCCGUUCAGACACUGAGGGAGAGCAGAGAGGAGGUGAGAGAGUCUGCAUGGAGCUCUACAAUGUGUUUAUAAACUACAGAGCGCUGUUAUAUUGUAUUAUUUUGAAAGGUCCGGGUUGUAGUGUGGUAGGAGCGCGUUGUUUUAUCCGUUCAGACACUGAGGGAGAGCAGAGAGGAGGUGAGAGAGUCUGCAUGGAGCUCUACAAUGUGUUUAUAAACUACAGAGCGCUGUUAUAUUGUAUUAUUUUGAAAGGUCCGGGUUGUAGUGUGGUAGGAGCGCGUUGUUUUAUCCGUUCAGACACUGAGGGAGAGCAGAGAGGAGGUGAGAGAGUCUGCAUGGAGCUCUACAAUGUGUUUAUAAACUACAGAGCGCUGUUAUAUUGUAUUAUUUUGAAAGGUCCGGGUUGUAGUGUGGUAGGAGCGCGUUGUUUUAUCCGUUCAGACACUGAGGGAGAGCAGAGAGGAGGUGAGAGAGUCUGCAUGGAGCUCUACAAUGUGUUUAUAAACUACAGAGCGCUGUUAUAUUGUAUUAUUUUGAAAGGUCCGGGUUGUAGUGUGGUAGGAGCGCGUUGUUUUAUCCGUUCAGACACUGAGGGAGAGCAGAGAGGAGGUGAGAGAGUCUGCAUGGAGCUCUACAAUGUGUUUAUAAACUACAGAGCGCUGUUAUAUUGUAUUAUUUUGAAAGGUCCGGGUUGUAGUGUGGUAGGAGCGCGUUGUUUUAUCCGUUCAGACACUGAGGGAGAGCAGAGAGGAGGUGAGAGAGUCUGCAUGGAGCUCUACAAUGUGUUUAUAAACUACAGAGCGCUGUUAUAUUGUAUUAUUUUGAAAGGUCCGGGUUGUAGUGUGGUAGGAGCGCGUUGUUUUAUCCGUUCAGACACUGAGGGAGAGCAGAGAGGAGGUGAGAGAGUCUGCAUGGAGCUCUACAAUGUGUUUAUAAACUACAGAGCGCUGUUAUAUUGUAUUAUUUUGAAAGGUCCGGGUUGUAGUGUGGUAGGAGCGCGUUGUUUUAUCCGUUCAGACACUGAGGGAGAGCAGAGAGGAGGUGAGAGAGUCUGCAUGGAGCUCUACAAUGUGUUUAUAAACUACAGAGCGCUGUUAUAUUGUAUUAUUUUGAAAGGUCCGGGUUGUAGUGUGGUAGGAGCGCGUUGUUUUAUCCGUUCAGACACUGAGGGAGAGCAGAGAGGAGGUGAGAGAGUCUGCAUGGAGCUCUACAAUGUGUUUAUAAACUACAGAGCGCUGUUAUAUUGUAUUAUUUUGAAAGGUCCGGGUUGUAGUGUGGUAGGAGCGCGUUGUUUUAUCCGUUCAGACACUGAGGGAGAGCAGAGAGGAGGUGAGAGAGUCUGCAUGGAGCUCUACAAUGUGUUUAUAAACUACAGAGCGCUGUUAUAUUGUAUUAUUUUGAAAGGUCCGGGUUGUAGUGUGGUAGGAGCGCGUUGUUUUAUCCGUUCAGACACUGAGGGAGAGCAGAGAGGAGGUGAGAGAGUCUGCAUGGAGCUCUACAAUGUGUUUAUAAACUACAGAGCGCUGUUAUAUUGUAUUAUUUUGAAAGGUCCGGGUUGUAGUGUGGUAGGAGCGCGUUGUUUUAUCCGUUCAGACACUGAGGGAGAGCAGAGAGGAGGUGAGAAAGUCUGCAUGGAGCUCUACAAUGUGUUUAUAAACUACAGAGCGCUGUUAUAUUGUAUUAUUUUGAAAGGUCCGGGUUGUAGUGUGGUAGGAGCGCGUUGUUUUAUCCGUUCAGACACUGAGGGAGAGCAGAGAGGAGGUGAGAGAGUCUGCAUGGAGCUCUACAAUGUGUUUAUAAACUACAGAGCGCUGUUAUAUUGUAUUAUUUUGAAAGGUCCGGGUUGUAGUGUGGUAGGAGCGCGUUGUUUUAUCCGUUCAGACACUGAGGGAGAGCAGAGAGGAGGUGAGAGAGUCUGCAUGGAGCUCUACAAUGUGUUUAUAAACUACAGAGCGCUGUUAUAUUGUAUUAUUUUGAAAGGUCCGGGUUGUAGUGUGGUAGGAGCGCGUUGUUUUAUCCGUUCAGACACUGAGGGAGAGCAGAGAGGAGGUGAGAGAGUCUGCAUGGAGCUCUACAAUGUGUUUAUAAACUACAGAGCGCUGUUAUAUUGUAUUAUUUUGAAAGGUCCGGGUUGUAGUGUGGUAGGAGCGCGUUGUUUUAUCCGUUCAGACACUGAGGGAGAGCAGAGAGGAGGUGAGAGAGUCUGCAUGGAGCUCUACAAUGUGUUUAUAAACUACAGAGCGCUGUUAUAUUGUAUUAUUUUGAAAGGUCCGGGUUGUAGUGUGGUAGGAGCGCGUUGUUUUAUCCGUUCAGACACUGAGGGAGAGCAGAGAGGAGGUGAGAGAGUCUGCAUGGAGCUCUACAAUGUGUUUAUAAACUACAGAGCGCUGUUAUAUUGUAUUAUUUUGAAAGGUCCGGGUUGUAGUGUGGUAGGAGCGCGUUGUUUUAUCCGUUCAGACACUGAGGGAGAGCAGAGAGGAGGCACUGGCUGGAAAAUCAAUUACUGGCUGAUACGGGCCUUCUUCGAUAUAUUCCAAAGCUGCAUCCGGUCCAAGGCAAGGGUCUCUUUUAUCGACAGACUCGACAGCUGCUGCACCCGCACUAACCUGAGCGUUUGAAAUGGUAUCGUCACUCUCGCUGCUGCUGUUAACAUUCUGAACUACAGAAGAGUCAGGUUCGGUUUCUGUUGAUGUCUCUGGCAUUGGUGGUUUAGAUGUUUUUUGUUGUUGAAAAACUCCAAACGUAGCUGUCUUUUUGCCAUUUUAAGAUAUUUUCGACUGCCGCGCUGACUGAAAAAGUGUCUCUCACGAGAACAAGUAUAACGGUGAACGGUCAGACACUCGUUCUCGCGAGAACA